UGCAGGAAAACCUCAGAUAGGAAAAUACAUUAAACAGUGUUAGUUCAGUUUCAGUUGAUAACGGUGAUUAAAGAAUAAUGUGACAUGGAUUCAAUCAAAAUAAUAAUAUUGUUUGGAUUAACUCUACUACGUCUCGCAAAAAGCCAAGAAGAAAUAUUCAUGGUUGGAAAUAAAUGGUGCAUCACGAAUAGUUCAUCAGCAUUGGCAAUCAUUAAAGAUAUUGAAGACACAGAUGAAGGCAGAAACAAUUUAGUGUCGUCAUUUUAUCCGACAUCAGAAACCUUGGCAACCUUCGAAAAUUCAAACCAGUGGACAAAAUAUUGGACAGUUGACAACUGGAAUGUCAUCCAAGCUAUUCAUGGUCCCAUCAAACAAUACGUUACAGACAGAAGGUGGGAGGUGUUCCCAGUGUUCAAAUCAACAGGUGCGAAGGAUUAUAAAGAAGUACUUACAAUCAGCAACAGUAGGAAUUUCAAUAUACCUCUGUCAGUUAGAACCAAAGCAGAUAAACAUGUCCACAUUUUCUUAUGUGACGGUGAUACUGUGUAUUACAACUGCUAUCGGAUAAGUCUGGAUUUCCAACGUGGACUCGAUUCUGUUAUUUAUAAAUGUGGUAGCACCAAAUGGUAUAGUUCGACACAAAGUUGUGAACUCAGUUAUGUAAAUAAGGUUAACAUUAACAAACCACUGAGUGAAGAUGAAUGGACACAUUUCAGGAUAGAGAGAAAACAAAAUAUGAUCAAAGUUUAUAGAGGAAAUGACGUUUUCAUGACAUAUUAUGAUUCAAGUAGAUCCAUUUUCGAUACAAAAUCGAUACAUAUCAGUUCCGAUGGAGAGAGUCUUUGGAAAUUCCAUGAUUACAAUUACCUACUAAGCCAAUAUACCGAUGGUUAUAGCCAUCCAAUCGGAUCAUCGAUAAAGAUCGAAAAGAACAAAACUUGUAUCUCCAUGUUUGUUUCUAUGUGCCAAAGUUGUCGUCUGAGAAUCACAAUAAACGAUGAAGAAACUAAUGGAAAUUCUAUAAAAAUUAUUGAAGAUAUCUCAUCUGAGGAUGAAAAGUGGUCAGAAAAGAAAAUUAUAAUUGAUACACAAAAUUACAUAGGACAGCAUUUAAAUAUACUGCAGUAUAAACAUCGGGAUGGAUAUAAUUUGCGGAAUAACCCUUUUUGGGCAUUAGAUGACGUACGCCUAUGCGAAGAGGAAGAAUACAGAUAUGUCAAAUCUGACAGAGAAAACAUAUUGUGCGAAAAAAUCGGAGAACAAACAAAUGACAUCGUUAAAAUAAACGAGGUGACUGAAAAACAGAGUAGGUUAAUAGAUUUUCAUUGUCCAGAAAACACUUUUGGGAAGUUUUGUCUUCCGUGUGACAUAUUUGGACAGAAGUAUUGUUCAAAAUUUGUUUAUUGCGACAUGAACAAAUCGAAACAAGAUUGUCAUUGUACGUCUGGAUAUAGAGGAAAAAACUGUCAAGAAAGUUGCGACAGUGGAAAAUAUGGUCAUGGUUGCAGUAAACUUUGUUCAGAACAUUGCAUAAAUAGCUGUUCUCGUUUGAAUGGAUAUUGUAAUAAAGGUGAAUGCGAAGAACCAUACGUAGGACCUAUGUGCGAUAAAUCUUCACAGUUUUUCUUUCUGAAUCCGCCUGUUGUUGAGGACAUCACACCCACAUCUGGAGUAGUCCGAGUCAAAGAUUUCACGAUUGUAGGUCCCACUGACGAAAAUAAACCUACACUUUACGACAUUGAAUAUGCUAUAGAUCCUAAUCAGAAUAAGGACAAGACCAUUGAAAAUAAGGUAGUCCAGGAGUGGUUCAAGAAAAAGAAUGGCAUCAAUUUCUAUACAGAAAAUGAAGUGAGAAUUGAUGAUUUGAAACCAGACUCAUUUUAUCUUGUCAGAGCCGUUGUUGUACAAAAAAAUGAGAAGCGUGGCAAUUACAUAAAAUCUACUCGAUUCCACACAACAUGCAAUGAUCUCAGAGAGCAGGACAUAAUUAUAGAAGCUACAAAUGUUUCGGCAACUAUUGACAUCAAGUGGCCCACAAACGGUUGCAGACCUACUAGAUACGAAGUACAUUUCGAUGGAAACAAAAGAUCAGAAAAUUGGAAAAAGCGGGUAUAUUUCCCAGGACUAGAACCUUUUUCGAACUAUAAUUUCAAAAUGAAGCAUAGAAUGUCUGGCAACGUCAUUGAAAAGAACUUCACAACAAAAGAAGGAGUUCCUUUUAAAGUGGAAUUGGUCAGUGCGCAGAGCUAUAUGGAUCGUAUCACUUUGUCUUGGAAAGAACCCACAAUGAAGAGAGGGAACAUUAUUCGAUAUGAUAUAAAAUAUACUUACCUGCGAUCAAGAGGUACUUCAUGUCCCCCAGCAUUGAAAAUAUAUAAUGAAUCAACUGCAGAAACGUCGUUUACUAUAUACAAUCUUAAGGCAUAUUCGCAAUAUCAAAUCGUUAUUUAUGCUGUUACCCGUGCAGGAGCGGGAGAUGAAUUUGUGAAGAAUAUGGAGACGGAUGAAUUAGAUUACAUUACAGAUAAUGAGAAACUUGCCAUAGAAAGUCACAACGAAUUUUCCAAUAGUGUCACGAUAGAGUUAACAAAAAUCAGUUGCGAGGAUCUUAGAGGAAACAUUUAUAUACAGCAGAAUGCAACGUGUAGUCACGAGUGGUGUACUGAAAAAAAAUCUAAUUUGAACAUUUUUUUCGUGACUUCACCUUUCAUCACACUGGAUGGACUUUCAGCAUAUUCUAAUUACACCGUCGAAAUGUCCAUGUCCAGGAACAGGACCUCGUGGAUUGAUAUUGGAAAAGUGGAUUUCCAGACCAAACCUUCAGUUCCCAACAGCAUCUCCCAACUGGAGGCGAUUUCAAAAGACGAGAGUUCCAUAUCGCUUCGAUGGAAGGAGCCAUACCCCCCUACCGGAGUUCUGAAACGAUACCUAAUUGAAUAUGCAUAUUAUAGCUACGAAUACAACUACCAAGAAUCUGUUUCGCUGAAACCAUGCCCACUAUGGAAGGACUAUCACUGUGGAAAUGUCACAAAAAAUCUACAUUGGAAAUAUACUUACACAAUACGAGUUUUAGCACGAAACGAAAUUCCGGAAAACUUCAAUAACAUUUCUGAGGAAGUGAACGUUUAUUUGGGACCAGAAAAAUCCCAACCGACUUACGGCGUUACUGUGUUUUUCUCGAACAAAACCAAUGAUAUGAAUAUAUCUUGGUAUCAUCCUAAUGUUACCAAUGGACCUUUGAGGAGUUUCGAAAUAACUUUGAGAAAUGAACAAAACGGUAUUCAACAUCCAGAAUUGGAAUUAUUUCGUGUCACAGAAGCCAAUUAUAGUAUCACAUAUUCAACGACGGUCUCUGCGGCUCAUCUAUCAACAUGUACUAAAUACAGAGUUUCAAUAAGAGUUCAUAAUAUUUACAAAAAAAGUAAUUGGAAUGGUUCCAUUGCAACUACCCCCCCAGAUAUACCUCCAGAUAUCCCAACAAAAAACCUAACCUAUGAAAGUACCAACACCUCCAUCACAAUCCACGUUCCCAAUAUCGGAAAUGGGGAAACAAUCUAUGAGAAGAAACUAUACGUUGUGGUGUCCAAAGCAACAGAAACCGAUGAGUUACCGCUUUUCGAGAAAAAUAUUUUCGAAAAGACGAAUCCCGAAGUUUCCUUAAAAGCCUCUUGGCUUGCCUACGAUGGUGAAAGAAGGAAUUCGUCGCUCGUCAUCAUGAUAGGUUCGCAGAAUCAGUCGGAAUCGGAACUUUCUCGAAAUAACCAGCCUUUGGAACCCGGUACAAACUACAGCGUAACAUUCUUUCUGAGCAACGAGUGCUUCGAUCUGAUGAGACUGAGUCGAUCCCAGAUAUUCAUCAAAACCCAGGAAGCAGUAACGGAAACAGACGAAAAUACGAGCGAAUCUCCAGAGACCAAUGGAGGCAAUGGAGGAUUGUGGGCCUUGAUAUUGUUGCUGGUACCAAUAGUUUUGAUAGGCUACUGGUACAAUAAAAAUAAAAAACCAAAGAGAACAGAUUUGCUAAUUCCAGAAAACAUCAGGAAUGAAAAUGUACCCCUCUCAAAACUUACGAAUCCAGGUGGGAAUAUGAUUGCUGUGAAGCCGAAAAAAUCAUUGCCGCAACUUCUACCUCCUCUCAAUACAACUCACUCGUUGCCAGUAAGGAUAAAUGACUUAGAAAAAUACGUGAGGGAAGCAAUACAGAGCGGAGAACUGAAAAGACAGCAUGAUCUUUUUCCCAGGGGUUUGGUGAAGCCCUGCGAAUACGGUUCCAUGCCAGAAAACAAGACAAAAAAUCGAUACAAAAAUCUAAUUGCAUACGAUGAUACUAGAGUGAAACUAAGAAAGAUACGUGGAGAUGAAUUUUCCGACUAUAUAAAUGCCAGUUAUGUUGAC